CCUCCCCCCCAUUUCGUGCAGAGUUUGAGAAAAUGUCUUCGGAAGAAACAGUAAGUAUAGUAGGGAGUGAGGUGAUGCCCUUGGACUAUGGGAGCAUGGACUCGGAGAGUAGUCCAUCUCCAUCUGGUUCGGAGAGAAUAAUGGAAGGGGUAAGAGGGGAUGAAGUAGUAGAGGUUGGGGGGAAUGAGAUGGUGGGGGUUGAGGGAGAUGGAGUGCCUAUCACCGUGGUAGAAGUAGAGGGUAGGGGAGAUAGGGGAUAUGAAAUAGAUGCGGAGAUAGUAGAAGAGGUGAAGCUGUACAGAUCUGAACUCGGGACCAGGGAUAGCUUGGGUCACUUAGUAGAAAAUUACGAGAUCUCUUCCCGAGUGUUAGUUAGGCCAGCCGGGGUAGAGAAGAGAGCGUGUUCUGCUCCUCGGGAUCAUUGGAUGCCUGUAUAUGCCCAUUAUUUAUAUGCGGGGCUUAAAUUUCCAAUUCUUGAGUUGCUAGUAGGUUUACUACUAGAUUAUGGUAUAGGGUUGACACAAUUAGUUCCCAAUGCUAUGAGGGGGGGUAGUAGGAGGGAUAAGGGGUGGUAUUACUUCACCCCUAGGGUAGCUAAUAGGGAGAGUAGGUCUUUGUUCACUACGGGUCCUUCAUCUAUUAAAGGAUGGAAGGAAAAAUUCUUUUUUGUAGAUGAUACGGAGUGGGGGAGGGGGGAUGCCGAGGUGAAGGAGUUAGCAUCCUGGAAGGUUAAAAGAGCCAACCAGAAUAACGCACAAUGCAUAGAAGCUGCUGAGCUCUAUGGGCCAAGUGCUUUGAGUGAAGGAGUGGCUAUCCCCAAGAAGCCAAGGAAGAAGUCAAAGACUUCAACCAAGCGAGUGGAUGAGGGGAGAGCUGGGAAGGAGAAGAGGCAAAGGGUGGUGGAAGAGGAGGAGAGGGGGGACGAGGUUCCGCAAUUCGUACCUCAGCCUCCUCCUGUUGAGUUUAACCCUAAGCUCAGACAGUUGGAGGAAGGGGCUGAGGUACGAGCUCCUGGUAAGGGAAAGGGCCCUGUUCCCCCAACAGCGUUUCAGAGCAGCCUCUUCGAGGCGAAGAACAUGACAGGGGCUAGGUGGUUCAUCAAUAGCACCUUCCCCGAAGUGGACAAACGCAAUGCACGGGACGAGACUCUGAGAUACUGUGGGGCUUCAGUGGUGAAGCAUGUGCUAGAGAGCGCGAGCUGGGUGAAUGGUCUAGCCCAGGAGUUCAUGGACAGCGUGAAAGAGCGCUCACUCUUGCAGAGGCAGUGUGACCAGCUGCAGAAGGAGAAGGAGGAGCUGGAGAAGAAAAAUAAGGAACUGCAAGAGUCGCUGAACGAGGUGGUUCCAACUAUGAAACAGUUGGAGCAGGAGAGGGCUUCCCUGAGCACCAAGCUCGUCUUUGAGGAGAGCAAACGAAGGAUCUCUGAAAGCGAGCAUAAGGCUCAGGCACAAGAAAUAAAGCUGAUGACUGAGGCUUUCACGGAGCUGAAGGAGAAUGUGCAGACCUUGGUGCACAAUGGGAUGAAGGAGCACAUCAGCAACUUCAUCAGCUCCAGCUCGUUUGACAACAUCGUCAACUUGUACCGGUUGCCCACUGCCAUCAUUGCAUUCACGGACUGCAAGAAGAAGGUGAAGGCAGAAUAUCCCGAAGUGGAUAUUACCAAGAUCACCUUCGGCGAGCAAGAAGAAGGAGUGAAGGAGGAUGGUGAAAGCAUGUCAGUAGACUUCCGUCCUCAAAUCAAACUGAGGUGGAAGGAUGAUGCAGACGGACGUGCCAUUUUCCCUCCAGAAUUAGACUUCGAGUUCGUGGCAGUGGAGGAAGAAGGGGCAGAGGUAGAGGAAGACGAAAAGGAGGCAAUAGUGGAAGGAACUGAGGUGGAUGAGAGGAAACUAGUUCCAAAAGUGGAGAUUCACUCAGUUCCUUCGGACGAUGAGCAGCCUCCUCUGCCAGACGAGCAGCAGCCAACACAGCCACCUCCUCCCGCUGAGCAGAGCCAGACUCGAAUACAUAGAAUAAAAGGUAAAAUGAAUUUCAACAACCAUGAAGGAAGAACUGAUACCCACGCGGUAACCCGAUCAGGCGGCGGCAGUCCCUUGGAUCCAGCAGGAGAGCCGCGGUGGGCGUCAGAUCUGGUAGCCCUCGCGCGUGCCGCUACAAAUCCAUCGGAGGAGAAAGAAGGCCGCCGGAUCUGCACCGAACAGAACAAGAAACAGCAAACAAACAAAGCAAACCAACAUAGAAACAAACAAACCAAAAAAACCCACACAAAACAAAAAACAAAGCCAAAUCAGCAAGGGGAUGGUGAAGAUCCGAGGUGAAAGAACGGAGGUGAUGGUGGCGAUGGUGGAUCUGCAGAAGGGAGAAAAAUCAAGUUUUUUUUUUUUU